AUGAAAGACGCGCUGUCGAGCUGCAGUGGUAGCGGAGACCUAGCGCUUGACUUUCCUCAAGAUGAGUACUCGCUCAUGUUUCCACCAUCGCCAGAUCACUCUCCCACCAGUAGCAGUAGCAAUAGCUGCGCUUCUGGAGUUGUUUCACCAACGCCAAACGCUAAGAGUCCUUUGAGCACAAGCAUUAACAGUCCAGAGAUCAAAACCAAGAAAUGGGUGCGCAAGGAGAAGAUCGGACAAGGUGCGCAAGGCUCCAUCUACCGCUACGUAGAGAUCAAUACCGGCCGAGAGGUGGCGGUGAAGGUUAUCUGGACGAGAGAGUUGCCACCUCCCGCUGUGGAGGCCGUCAAGAGAGAGGUCAAGACAAUGAAGCGGUUGCGACACCGACACUUGGUGCGCUAUCUGCAAGCCACUGAGAAGAAACAGAGCGAACUGCGGAUAUAUAUGGAGUACGCAGCUGGAGGUUCAUUAAGUUCGCGUCUGUCCCGCUCCGGUGCCUUGCCACCGGCGCUAGUCAAACGCUUCACUCGUCAACUAUGUGAAGCUCUGCACUAUUUGCACCAGAACGGCAUCGCACAUCGUGACAUCAAGUGCGCUAACAUCCUCCUCACCGCACCCAAGGGUGCACCGGACGAUGGUGCGUGUGCAGACGUGAAGCUUGGGGACUUCGGGACUUUCAAACUCGUCGGCUGCGCGUCACUUGUUGGAGGACUCAAAGGUACCCCUCACUGGAUGGCACCCGAGGUGAUCCGCCAGCAAAACAUGGAGGACGAUGGCAACCACGAACGCUGGUUCCGUGCUGAUAUAUGGAGUCUUGGCUGUGCGGUGCUUGAGAUGAUCACUGGCCAUUCCCCGUGGCAGCAGUUCAGCAACCCACUCACUGCAAUGUAUCAAAUCGUGUCCAGUGACAUCACGCCAACUAUCCCAGCAGACGUCCCAGCAGAGACCGCCUCGUUCCUCAUGCUCUGUCUCCAGCGGAAUCCAGAGCAUCGCGCAACGCUCACACAGCUCCUCGCUCAUCCCUUCAUACGUGUUAGCAAUGAAGGCAAAGCGAAAGCAAAUAGCUCGAAGCACCGCCUCAAGCGUUUAGCACAUGAACAAGGGGAAAGAAUCGGUUCCGGAGCCUGAGCCGCAUGAGGAUUCCUCAACACUGUCGCACAUGGAGAGCCCGACAAGAGUCAUACCCUCCACCUUGAAGCUGCGCUCAGCAUCAUACGACGAAGACAAGAGAACAGCUCCAUCACUAGCAUCUCA